GGAAUAGAGGAAGUGGGAUAUUUGACUCUAAGUCGUGCAUCAGUAGGUUCACUAUUGCUUAGUAGGGAGGCAGGCUGGUUGUUUGGUUUCACAGCGUCCUAAGUUCCAACAUGGUGCAGAUCUCAGGAGAUGCUGCUGGUUCUCCCCCUGGAAGGGCUUGCAGUCUGCCACACCGCCACCGCUUACCAGGGAGGGGAGGUGCUUGCUUGGCUUGCCAGAAACACUCCAUUUUUUAAUUGCCAAAUACUGUGCUAACACAAGAAUACACUUAACAUAUAUGUACAGUUUAAAAACAAAAAUGAAUAUACUCACCUAUUCAGUUUUUUUUUUGUUUUGUUUUUUUGUUUUUUUUCUUUUUGAGACAAGGUCUAUCUGUGUAGCUCAGGCUGAACUUGAACCCACUAUGUAGCCCAGGCUGGCCCAAACCCCCACAUCCAGCCUCCAGCUAUUUUAAAAGUCGAUUUAAGGCCAGACCUGGUGGUAUACACCUGUAAUCCCAGCACUCAAAAGGCUGAGGCAGGAAGAUCAUUGCAAGUUCAAGGUCAGUUUGGGAUACAACGUGAGUUCAAGACCAGCCUGAACUAUACAGCAAGACUUUGUCUUAAAUUUUUUUUCCUUUUAAUUGGUGCCUUUGAAGCCUUCUGUGUGUCCCUCCUCAGUGGCCUUCUAAAAGAAAUCACUGUUCUGAAUUUGACUUAAUCCUGUUCUCCUUUUUCUUUAAAAGUUUGGAAUUUGAGGCCUCAAACUUGCUGUGUAGCCUGCGCUCGCCUCAAUCUUGAGAUCCUCCAGCUCAGCCUCCUGAGAGCAGAUAUCACAGGCAUGCACAACCAUGCCUGGCUACAGUUUUAUCCCUUAGGUAUUUCUUCCUACACAAUGCAUUUCAGUUUGGGAGGGAUUUUUGCAUUGUAUAGAAAUGAAAUCACUGAAUACACAUCUUUUUUCUUUUUGGUACCAGGGAUCUAACUCACAAGCUUGUGCUUGCCAGACAGGCACUUGUGCCUCUGAGCUAAACCCCCAGCUACACACAUUUUUUGUAAUUUUUGUACUCAGAGGGCAGGAUUUAAGACCUACCCACUGCAGUGUGCUGGGGUGGCUUCACCUACUUUCAUUGAUGAACUAUGUGACUGCAUGAUACUGUGCUCCAUAUCCUCCUGGCUUCAAUCAUUUUAUUUUAUUUUAUCUUUUAUUUUUAUUUUUUGUUUUUUUUUGUACCAGAGAGUGAACACAUGACCUUGCAUUUGCCUGGCACAGUGAACUGAUGGCAAGCGCUGUGCCACUCAGCUGUUUCUAGCCCAGCAAUCAUUUUAUGUUUCCUGGUUUUUUCUGCACAGACGGCGCUGGCCUUUCUUGGACCUGUUUCCUUCAGAGAGAAAAGGAUAAAGUACAGCCCCACAGCUGCCAAGUAAACUGCUUUGGGAGGCCCGUUGUCAUGGCUCAAGGCCAGCAGCUGAUGACGGAGGGACGCCAGCUUCGACCUCUAGGGGGAGGUCGGGGGCAACAGAGGCCAAAGAGAGAUGGUGAUGGUCAGGGCCACGCUCCUGGCUGAGGACCCUGCUGUGUGGCAUGAGCCACAGGCAGGAAAAGCACAGGAGGAUCCGGAAUUCUGUCUUUGCCACAGAGGCCUCCUAUAUCCUAAAAGUGUGGGAAAUAUGGUCCCAGACAGGAGAAAGCACAUUUGAUGACAGAGUACUUGAAGAAAGAAAUUGAUUUAAGGUUGGGGAUUUAGCUCAGUGACCUAAGUACCCACCUGGCAAGUGUGAGGAGAUGAGUUUGAUCCCUGGUACCACUACCAAAAAAAAAGUUGAUUUAGAAUUGUUUCAUCCUUUUUUUCUUUUUUGGUACUGAGAAUUGAACUCAGGGCCUUGCACUUACUAGGAAGCACUGUGCUGCUGUUAUACUCCCAGCCUCAUCUUUCUCUAAUCUACUUUUGAGCAAAUAGCUUGUUUCUUUCACAGAUGAGCAAUGAUCAAAUGACAUGCAUGAUUAGUGCUGAUUCCAGUUAAGCAGUGAGGUUCAUAUCUGGUUUCACCCAAAAGCCUCCUAAAAGACAGUGAAGAACCAGCCAAGGUGAUCUGGUCCGUUGGUCCCAGCACUCUGGAAACAGCCUGGGCAUCACUUGAACCAUAGAGUUUGAGAGCGGCCUGGACAAGGCAGCAAGACUCUGUCUUAAAAAAUUAAAAAUCAAUUGCUCAACUAUUUCGAAGAAAAGAGACGUUAUGGUAGCUACUGUUGAUGCCUGGUUGUUCUGUUGUGAAGUGCUGUGUUGCUUGCACUGUUCUGUUAUGAUUUGCUUUGUUCUGUUCUCUUUUAUUUUAUUCUCUUUAAAAUUAAAAAUUAAAAAUCAAAUAAAAGAACCAGUUUGAUCACAACAGUAAGUGACAGGAAAUAGAAAUGUCCUUGAGUAUCACAUGUUCAAGGACAGUGUGGGCCACUCGGUGAGAACUCCUCACAUAUUAAAAGUUGAGAAAAGAGCUGAGGAUGUAGCUCAGCACUCACUGUGUUUAAUCCCCAGAGCUGCAAGGGGAAAAAAUGGAAUUUACAACAGGAAGACAGCAGAUCACAAAAUGUACCAAAUAACUGUAUUUUGUAGAGAAAAAAAGCAUGUGUCUCUUCAUUUGGAAGAAUAAGCCACAAGCACGGUAACCAUGAGAUAAAACAAAACAAAGCUGAACAACGAAAUUGCCAACACCCUUCCCUCACUCUGCUCCUAGAUCAUAAGUGGCCUCCAUCCCAGAAAAAUUAAGACAGAACAUGAAGCAGAUGUAAACCAUACAUUACAAAAGGGAUUACUUCAGGAAACAGAGUCCAACAAAUAGUAUUCCAUGAUUUCAAAGGCUGUGUAGGAUACAAAAUAUGAAAUUCUUUGUGUUUCUAAAGGAGAAAACACAAUGAAUAGAAGAGAAAAACAAAUACAGGAAAAAAAAAACCUUUCCUGAAAUAAAGGUUCACAUCUAUAGACUAAAAAAAUAGAGAAUAUCUCAGGGGGAAAAAAACUGAUACUGAUUGAAGAUGGCAAAGAUUGCUCACUCAUUUUUGCCCAGUGUCCAUUCAUUCUAUCUUCUUCCAUAAUAGAGGAAUACUUCCCAGCAUCCCUUGCAGUUAGGUGAUGUCAUGUGCCAAAGCUCCAAUCUGUGGGAUAUAAGCUACAGAUUAAUAUUAUAAGUGUCGUGGCCCAAGCCUGUAAUUCCAGCACUUGGGAGGCUGAGGCAGAAGGAUCAUUGCAAGUCUGAGACCAGCCUGAGCUACAAAGUGGGCUUAAAGCCAGCCUGAACUGAGAGCGAGAUCCUGUCAAGAAAAAAAAUUAAAAAAAAAAAUAAGUGUCUUCUGGGUAUAUCCUUAAAAAUGUGAAGAAUGUGCUUUUUCCUUUUGCUUUACUCCUCCCUGCUAGCUAGAAUGGCAUUCUGGUUCAUGUAACAAGGCUGACAUUCUAGAGAUUGUAAAGCAAUGACCCAAAAGAGCUUGAACUCCAGAUGGUUUCAUUAUAAGGUUGCUGCUACCUCAGUUUAUAGCAUUACAUGAGAAACAAAUACAUUUCUUUUUUGAGACAGGGUUUUCCUAUGUAGUUCAGGCUGGUCUUGAACCCCACCCAGGCUGGCUUCAAACUCACAGUGAUCCUCCUUCCUCAGCCGCCAGAGGGCUGGGAUUACAAGAAAACAAAAAGUUUUAUUCUAUUUUCUUGCUUAUUUGUUGAUACAAGGGCUUACUAUGUAGUCCAGGCUGGCCUUGAACUCACUAUGUAACCUAGGUUGGCCUCAAAAUCCAGCAGUCCUCCUGCCUCAGCCUGUGAGUAUUGGAAUUACAAAUGUAUACCACCAGGCCUGGCCAUUUCUUUUUUUUUUUGUCUUUUUCAUUUUUUUACCAGUACCAGGGAUCGAACUCAAGACCUCCUGCUUGCAAGGGCCAUUUCUAUCAUUUAAACCCACUGUUAUUUUGGGUUUCUGUCUGAAUUUAUAUUCCUAAGUAAUAUGAUGUUAAUGUAUAUAUUGAUGCAGUUGCUGAAUUUCAGAGAUACAGAAUCUUGGGUGUGUCUAAUUAAAAGAAGGAAGUCAUGUGUAGGGAGGAAGCGUCAGCCUUGAACUUUCCCAGAAGUGACAUCUAAAUCAGAGGACAGCAAGGCCUUUGCUGUGAGUUUGAGGCAAGCCUGGGCUACUUAACAAGCCCCUAUCUCACAGAAACAAAACAAAACAAAAAAGAAGACAAAGAAGCCGUAUCUACCAAGACCUGAGAGAAAGGAUAACCCAAGGCAUUUCAACCAACUUUUUAAAAAUAUAAAGAUGCUCAUUGUGAAGCAUGUAAGAACUCAUGAGACUAAUAUGAAAAAGAUUUACUUGCAAGUGAAAUCUCACCAAUAAAAAGAAAUGGGUAUGUUGGAGAAUUCAAGAGAUCAGAGAGACCAAUGGGAAAACAGGACGGUUUUAUUAGUUGUACACCUGGCUCAGAGAGGACUUCUGUCCAAAAUGGCUGAGUGCUGGACAAAGGACAGACUCCAGUUUUUAUACAUUUGGUCAAGGGGGUUGGUCUUUGGCACAGAAUUUAUAGACAGGUAGAAGGAGACAAAAGCAUUUUGUGAAACUGUAACAGUUUUGUAUCUUGAUGGCCCUGCAUGGACAUAAUAGAUUAUAAGUUUUUAUAUAAAGGGACAAGUCCCUGCUCUUAUCUAUAUUAGAACAAAGAACAAUAGCUGUAGGGCAGGGGAAGUUUGGGAAACUUGACUUUCUUUUUAGGUCCUGCUUCAUUCUCCUCCUUUGAAGCUCUCUAUAAACGAGUUUUAAUAGAGACCAUCACUAUUAUUAUCAUUUGUUCCAUGAUGGGGAGUUGGCUCCCUUUUGAGUAGAGGGAGAACAAUAGCAAAAACGAAAAGAGACUUAUGCUGUUGUUAUAAUUCUGUGUUGAUCCUCAAGCUUUUGCUGUGCAUGGACUUGUCAGCUUCCAGAGUAACCAGAGGAGGGCUGUCAUUUCCUCAAGCUUCAGCUGUGCGUAGACUGGUCGGCUUCUGGGGUGCCUAGAGCAGGGCUGUUGCUCUCACUGGCAGCUUGGUCUCACCAUCCAAUUAGCCAGUUUGGGUGGUUUGGACCCUGUUGGCUGUUGGUCCACCUGUCUUAGGUCACCAGUUUCAGUUGACAGUGGUGGAUCCAAGGUGUAAUUUCUGCAACUUUAACAGCAGUGGGGGCAGACAAGAUUAUAGUAAGGGUUCCAUCCCAUAUGGGUCCCAAAGUGGCUGGGUUCAAUUUUUUGACCCAGAAUCCUCAAUUUUGUAGGGCUGUAUUGGUUCUGCCAGAUUCAUGGGCAUCCUCUCUUGUACCUAGCCAUAGAUGUUUUACAAGACUAUCCCUAAAGCUUGCAUCUGUUAACUUAGGACCACUCUUCUAGUUUACUGAGGUUACCCUUACUUUGAUGUAUGAUAGGGGUUUCCAUUGGAACAGAACUUCAUAAGGGGAAUAUCCAGUUUGUUUGGUGGGAGUGCACCAGAGUUGGAGAAGGACCAUGGAUAGGCCUUGAUCCCAUCUCGAGUGGGUUUCUUGGCAGUAUUUUUUUAGCAGUUGUUUGAAUGCACACUUCAUAUGCUCCAUCUUUCCUGAGCUCUGGAGCCAAUAGACCAGGUGUAGUUUUCAUUUUAUUUUUAACAUCUGUGUGAGCUCCUGGACUAUCUCAGUCAUGAAUGCCAGCUCCAUUGUCUGACCCCAAGGUCAGGGUAGUCCGAAUCUUGGGAUGAUGUCUCUUAACGGCAUCUUGAUCACUCCUUAUGCCAGAUGGGGAGGACUCAUCCUGAAAAGGUGUACACAAACACCAGCGUAGAGUGACAGACUGCCACUCAAGGCAGUUCAGUAGUAUUCACAAGCAAGUUUUUACAUGGGGUAGCACCUACUUCCUGUAUUCCCAAGGGCUGAGUGGGUCCUUUUCUUGGGUGGUUUUGGGCACAAACAGUUUGUGUGAGGGGCAGUGAGUUGAGAUACAUAGAAAUGGCAGCCUAACAGCAUCUCUUUUUUCCCUCACAGCACCUUUUGUGCCAUUUUCCCCAUAUGAGACCCUUGAUGGAAUUGUCUUGCAAACCUGGGAGAUGACUAGUAUCCCAUCAGGGAAUUUUUUUUUUUUUUGUCUUUUUUCCUUUUUAUCGGUACCAGGGAUCGAACUCACGACUGCCUGCUUGCAAGGCAGGCGCUUAUGCCGCUGAGCUAAAUCCCCAGCCCCUCAGCAGGGAAUUUUUAAUCAUUCUCCCUUGUCAUAAUUUCCAGAUUCUUGAACAAGCCAUGUCUUUUUAUUUGGGAAGUGGUAUCCUAUCUGUUGGAUACUAUCUAGCACUCCUACUUUCAUCUGUGAAAUAUUUAAUAUCUGGGUCUCUAAGAGGCCAAUCCUUGAGAUCUCUCUGGCUCAACAGUACUUCAUCCAUGAUUUCCACAUGUUUAUGAAGGGGAGCUCCCAAUCCAACUGGAAGCCAGGUAACUGUUUCUACAGUUAUACGAGGAUUUUCACAUAGAAGCUCCUGAGGUCUAAUCAUUCUGGGGUUUGACAAUAAACAGUGCCCCUUUGGUCUAUUAAUGUUACAACUGAGUGUGGUAUUUGAGAAGCCAAUUGUUGUCCCUGAGUUAGCUUGUCUGCCUCUUGUGUCAGCAGGGCAGUGAAAGCACGUUCCUAGAAGCACGAAGGCCAUUCUUGGACACAGAUCUCAUUGUUCUAACAAGUAUGCCACUGAGCAGUGCCAGGAGCCCAUGACCUGGGUGAAGACCACAACGGCCAUUUCCUUUCCUUCAUGGACACAUAUAAGGAAGGCUUGGUUAUAUCUAGCAGUCCUAAGGCUGGGGCCUGUGUCAAGGCUUCUUUGAUUUGUUUAAAUGUUUUCUCUUGGUCAGCUUCUCAGGGGCUCCUUUUGUAGUUUUAUAUCAGUAUUCAGUCAUAAGUGAGAAAUUUAGUAUCCGGAUACAAGAGUCCUGUUGCCCCCAAGAACUCUCUUAGCUGGCAUUGGGUAGGCGAAAUGGGGAGGGCACAGACAGCCUGUUUCCAUUCAGUGCCCAGUUGGUGCUCCUCCUGUGUCAUAUGAAACCUAAACAUCUGACAUUUUGCUGACAAAUUCAUAUCUUUUCUUGGACACCUUAAAUCCAGCCCUCCAAAGUCAAUGAAGGAGGUCUUUAGUUUCCUGAUAACUGUCCACUCAAACUGCCAAAAGGAGGUUACCUACAUAAGACGGGCUGACCGAUUGGUGUGAGGUACAGACAGAAAAAGGCAUCCUUUAAAUCCAAGCAAGUAAACCAAGCAGCACUUGCUGGAAUGAGUCCCAUCAAUGUAUAUGGAUUUGGUGCCACUGAGUGAGUGGUUACAGUAGUCUAAUUUACAGCACACAAAUCCUGUGCUGGUAUAUAUUCAUUAGUUCCAGGUUUAUGUGCUAGCAAGACAGAAAGCCCCAGGAUGACUGGUCAAGUCAAGACACCGUAUUCUAAGAGCCACCUGAAAUGUCCCUGAAUGCCUUACAUGGCUUCCCGGGAGGAAGUAUUGGUGGACUCACUGGAACUGCUCCUGGUGUCAUUAUCACCAGUGUCUUCAGCUGCACUCUGAGAACCUUUGUACCUCAUCUGUGCCCAGCUCUAGUAACUCAUCUGAAUACAAUUUCUAUUCUUCUGUUUGCGUGAUGGUAAGAGUCAGCACCAUGGUCCCUGGCUGAGCCAGACUUAAAGUCAUAUUUCCCGGUGGUUCAAGGAUAAUUUGAGCCUGUACUUUUUGGAGCAGAUCUCUUCCCAGCAGGAAGUUUGAAAGAUACAGAAGCUUAUGCUGGACCUCCUGUUCCCCUGUGACACAUCUUUUUGGCCAGAAAAUUGGCCUUUCUUCUGGGACCCCAGUGUCUCCUACAUUAGUCAUGUUUUUCUUGGAUAGCAGCCCAGUAGGUUGAGUCACUGCUGUGUGCUCAGUUCCACUAUUCACCAUAAUGUAUGUCCAUCAUGGGCUCCCAGGGCCUAAGGCAAUGGCGCCUGCUAUUGUCUAACCCUCAUAACUUCCAGUGUCUGCCAGCCCAGCACAGCUAGCAUCUGGGUCCUCCCUGGGGAACAUAGCCUUUUGAAGGUGACCUCCUAGUUUUGAAAUUUUCAUCAUCUGGUAUACAUGCCCAGCUCUUUUUCUGUCCAUCAUCUUUUCAGCCAGCAUUUAAUAUCAAAAGAAGGCCAAAGAGUUUAAAACAGCCUUAGUGGGCCACCCUUUCCCCUCAAUUUGUACAGGUUUCAUCUGCUACUUCCCGAGUCUGACCACUCAGUAUCCCCAGGAAGUGAUCAGUCUCACAUAGACCCAUUAAGUGUGUCUCAUUUACGUAACAAUAAAAUGCUUAUUUAUUUGUUUAUUUAUAAUCAGAUUUAUUGCUACAUUUUAGAUAUACAUGGUGAUCACAUUAAGUGCUGAUUUAAUCAAAGCCAAUAGAUAGUUAUAUUUCAGGAGCUUGUUAAAGACCAAGUCAAACAGAUAGGAGAGCUGAGACUUGAGGACUGCCAGAGAGUCAAGGCCGUAGCUCCCCUAGACCUUCUGAGCAACAGGGAGCUUUUAGGAAUGAUGGCCUGGGCUUCACUAAACUAACAAGCAGACACAUACUUCUUUAGAUAAACUACCUCACAAACUUUUCUUCAGCAUACAUGAGUUUCCAGCUAUGUCAUUAUUUUUCUCUUUAUCUUUCUAGCAGGACAAAAUGUUUUAUCAUACAAAAUCCUUCCACAUCAAAAGUAUCUUUCAUACUUGUGAUUUUUCUUUAUAUAUUUUUCUCCAUCUCACUUACUAUAAACCUUCUGUAACAAAGUUGGCUGUAGUCACUUACAGUGUCCUCUGUCUUAGUCUCUGUCUGUCUGUCUGUCUCUUUUUUUUUGGUUUCAGAUUGCUGCAAUUUAAAUUUGAUUGGCCACCAACAUGUGUCUAAGUAACAUUGAGUGGGGGUUCUUUAUUUUUUUUUGUUAAGUAUUAUGAUUUAUUGUGUAUGUCAAACAGAAUAACAAUAAUAAUCUGUACAGUGUUCUUAUCUUAAUAAUCUGUACAGUGUUCUUACCUUAAAACAACAGAGAGCAAAGACCAACCCUGUAAAUGUAGUUAAAAAGAAUUUAUAAUGCACAAGAAAUGUUUUAAGUGUAUUAAUUAAACAAUUUUUUGCCAUUGCAGAAGAUUCUGAAUAUCGCACUUGUUAACUAAUUUUUUUGAACCCAGGAUAAGGUUGAUUCUCUGAAAUGGAAACUCAAACUCAGCUCCCGCUUCAUCCUGCUAAUCUCAGCAGGCAGAGAUGAGCCUGCACCUUCGCCCCAGCCCAGCCACUGCACCAGCCAGCUGCUUAGAUGGCGCUUUCGGUCCCAGUCCCCAUCAGGGCAGGUUGUUGCCACUGUCUGCCACAACACAUGCGGCUCUUAAGGUUCCUUGGGUGAAGGACCGAGAGAGGAUGAGAAAAUAAAGAGGAGACAAAGCUGGGGCCAGGUGGAGCCCUUAUCCCCUGAGGGGAGGAAAGGAACCGGCCCCUCACUGCAGGGGCGUGCUCCUGCCUUGCACAUGUAGUCAAUUUCCAGCCUCAGAGGCUCCCCACGGCUCUCAAUCUGUUUCACAGGGUGGCUUUUUGUCUCCCCCAAUAGCUUGCCUACAAAUCCCAGUGCACCAAAGCCAAACAGCUCUUCUCACGCUUCCAGCUUCACCUGACACCCAGUGCGCCUGGGCCUCCCUUCUUUAGGGUCUUUUUCAACUUGGGUGUAGGUUUUGUCCUAACUCACUGCAGGCACCCCUGCCUCUCUUGGGAGCCACUCUUGCCAACCCACCUCGCCAGGGAGCUGCUUCCACCAUGGCCACCCUUCUACCUUCAGUUUGAAUGCAGCUUUCAUCUGACUUUCCCUGAGUCUGACUACCCAGUACACCCGGGAGGUGAUCAGUCUCCCUUUCAUUCUAAACAAGUCUUCCCCCUGGGGCCCCAAAACCUUGCUUGGUCCUGCAGUGGUGCCUCCCACAAUCACCCUGGAUCCCCAGACAGGUUCUGCUGCGCUGGCAGGGGAGAGCUCAUCCAGCCCCAGGAAGACUCAGUCCCUGUCCAAGCUGAAGUCUCACCCAGUGACAUCAGAGGUCUCGGGACUCCUGCAGCUCUGGGCCCUCUUGGGCCUUGCAGGCAAAGGAAACAGCAAAUCUGUCAUCUCUGAUCUUGUCACGGUCACCAUCAAUGUUGCAGAAUUCAAGAAAUCAGAGAGAUCAAUGGGGAAACAGGAGGAUUUUAUUAGUUGCAUACCUCACCCACUGGGGACUUCUGUCUAAAAUGGCUGAGCGUUGGAGAAAGCACAGGCUCCAGUGUUUAUACAGUUGGUCAAGGUGUUGGGUCUUUGGCACCGAACUUGGGGAAGGGGCAGGAAGAAGAAAAACAAAGACAGCUCGUCAAGCUGUGACAGUUUUGUAUCUUGGUAGCUCUGCUUGGGCAUAACAGGAUGUUUUGGGAAGGGGAGGUUAUAAACUUUUACAUAAAGGAACAAAAUGUAUUGCUUUUAUCUGUAUUAGAACAAAGAACAAAAGCCAUAGGACAGGGGAAGUUUGGGAAACUUGACUUUCUUCUUUUUCGGUCCUGCUUCAGGGAAAGGAACAAUCAAGGUAGAAGAAUGGUCACAAACACCAGACCCGCGUAGAUUCGGAGCCCACAAGACACAGCGGACUCUGUGGUGGAGGAUUGCUAAGCUUACUCUUGCAAAAAUGAUACAGCCACCAAAUGAGGAGGAGGUUGGAGGAGAAAGGAGAAGGAAUAAAGUGUGUUAUUUCCUCCCGUUCCUUCUCUGGAGGUCAGCAGAUGUGGUCUAAAGCUGAAACACAUUCGUCUGAAAAGUGACUAAGCUCCUUACGUGGCCAGAGGGAAGGCUCUAGAUUCAAUCUUCUGCCUGAGGAGAGGCGUCUCUCCUAGCAGCAGUUCCUGGAGGCUGUCUUUACUCCAGCAUGGCUUAGGGCAUCUUUGUCAAAACUGAGGGCCCCUGAGCUGCCCACCUAGGACAUAUGUGAGCCUGGAGAGCUCGAGUGACCUGCGUUGCCAGCACCAUGGACGCGGUGAGGAAAGAGCAAAUCACAAACCUGCUGCUGUUUGGCUUCCUCCAAAGCUCCAGCGACCCUAAUUUCAGUCAAGAGCUGGAGGCACUGGGCCGGGAACUGCGGGUGCAAGGUUCCAAGCAGGGGGCCAGUGAGGAAGAGCUGGAGAUAGAUGGGCCCGCCCAGUCCUGCAUGGAGAGCUCCGAGAAGGAAGAAACCCUUCUGCAUAUGGGCAUGACACUCGCCCUUCGUGGGGGGCACAUGGAGAGCAAGCUCGACCCCAGCCUGGUGGGCCGCCUGGCCGAGCAGAUCUUGGACCCGAGUCUGUCGGACGAGGACAGGACACACUGCAUGGCGGCCACGCUGCAGGAGGCGCUACGGGCCUUCCCUGAAGACGCGCACAGCGAUCAGACCAUGCUGACACUGACCAUGCUGAUGGCCAAAAAGGUGGCUCGGCAGAGGAUGGGCCUGCUGCCCCGCAUCUUUAACAUAGUAGGGAGAUUUAUUGUCAGGAACUUAUUCUCCUGUGUGAAGGACUUAGUCGACAGUGAGAUGGCCUGAACGGAUGGCCUUGCAGAAGCUUGUCUGGCCAAAGCUUCUCUUGGUGACUGGCGCAAGCUCCCCACAGGAGAAGCCGCGAUGGCUGGGUACAUGGCCGGCUUACAGGGAACCUGGACAGCAGCCUCUCCCUCUCUUCAAGGCCCUGGUGUGAGCUGGCUACUCAGAAAAGUCUCCACUGAUGUACUUGGAUAAAGUAAUGACAAUGUGCAGAUGUUUAAAUAGGUUUCGUGUCUUCCUCUGCACCUUGAGCCUCUCUUAUUUCAACUUACUCCAACCUACCUUUACAUUGAUGCGAACCUUUUUCGACUUGAUUUCCCUUUAUCUGAGUCAGGGUCACAGGCAGUUGAAAGUGUGAGGCUGACACAAAGGCCCAGGUCAACCGCUGUUUCCGGUAUCAUCACUUGGAUGGACCUUUGCUGUCUCCCAGAAAUGCUGGCUUUGAGAACGGCUGGAAGCGGGUGGUGGCCAGCAGCUCCCCCGGAAGUCCUGUCACCACCUUCCAUCUUCAGGUGUCCUCCAGGGGCCUCAGCUACUCUGUGCCCGGAAGCCACAUCUGAAGAGAACAGGCUUCCUGCUUCGAGGAUGAAAACGCUCUUACACUUAAAAUCCGGUUGCUAAAGUGAUCCCUUUCCCAGGGACACCAGCUCAAAACAUGGACAGAUCCAACUCGCUUGGGAAAGACCUUUGCCACCAAAAGCAAGACUUUAGUGUGGAAACGGCACGGCCCUGGCCUUGGACCCCACCUGGGAGUCACUCCUAGGAUCCGGUUUGCAAGCAUGGGUGCUGAGUCCCUGUCACAUGAGUCACCUCUUGCUGUAAGCCUUGUGACUGUGAGUAGGAUGCCUGGGGGCAGCUUGUGAACAAGAGCAACCAAGUUCUAAUAAAUAACAUCUUGUUACCUAAAAACGAA